AUGUCAGUUCCUAACCGACAAAAAGAAAGUAAAAGGGGAUUUCAUUAUGGCUUAUUCUUGCUAGGAAGUAAGGCGGGAUUAAGAGUGAAUGAGGCGGUAAAGUUUGAUUUAGGUAGUAAAAAUAAGCAAGGUUUAUACCGCCUAAACAAGCCGAAAGGGAAAGAUGAGAGAUUAGUUUAUAUUCCUAAAAAGUGGGAGUUAGGAAUUAGUGAAAAAGUGGAGUUAUCACCACACACUUUACGCCGUGCUUUUACCACUUAUCAUGCCGAGAAUGGUUUACCGCUACCACUAUUGCAGAAGUUAUUGGGACAUUCCAGUAUUCGCACGACUGCUCUUUACUGA